AUGAAAACAGUCACCAUCGCAAGCCGAAGCCCAAGCCCAAAACGCAACUCUGACAACACAACGAGAGACAGAAGUAGCUCCAGAAGCCAUCAACAGUCCAGGAGCCGCAGCCGUUCCAGAGGCAGGGGCCGAUCCAGGGGCUGCAGCCGAUCUAGGCGACGCGGCCAUUCCAGCGGCCGGGACCACUUCGGGGGCAAAAGCCAGUCCGGCAGCAGCGGCCAGUCCAGGAACGGCGGCCAGUCCGGGGACAGCAACCGGCCCGGAGGUGGCAGCCAGUCUCCGGAUCCCAACCAUUGCCGAGGUCAACAAGACGAGCAACCCGCCAACCAGCGAAACGUGAGUCAGUCACCCACACCUCCGCUUUCCCCCCAGUAA